AUGGUCUUGAUCUCGACAAUCACGUUAAUCCUCGCGGCAGCAUUGCAUGCGCGAGCGGCAGAUCAAGCCGCAGCAAAGGGAGGCGGAGGCAAUCUCGAUCCCAAGUCCACAGCGAGCAUCAAAUCAAUUUUCAGUUCAUUCGAAACAACACAUCCCAGCGGCAACGCACGCAUCAAACCCGAGGCCGUGACCGCGUGCUGCGGCGAAGGGUGUGCCAUCGGGCUCUGCAACGGACGAGUCGCGAACAGCAAUCCCACCCUCGCAGCAUUCAACGAGGGCACCCAGGUCCGACUCGACCUCGCACCGACGGCGACGGCGUGUUGCUCGCGCUCGUGCCCCGACGGCCACUGUCGACAACACGACGCCGUGCCGGUAUACCACCCGGGCGGCGUGCAGGGUGGCUUCCCAGGACGGCCUGGCCGCCCAGGCCUCCCUGGACCACUGUUCCCCGGACGACCCGAAUCGUCGUGCCACGGUGGCUGCGGCCGCGAAUGCGGCAUCGCGUGUCCCUGCGUAUGUGCGCGAAUCAUCGCGACGUCCAUCACCGUCGACCGGGCAUCACUGACCGCGACGACAACCACGACCAUCACGGGCAAAGCACCUUCCACAGCGACCACGCAAGGCUCCGCCCCCGUCGUCAAAGAAGCCGACUCCGCCAGCGGCAGUCAACAGCUCGACUUCGAACUGACGGCGUACUUCCACACGAGCGAGCUCGCGGGGCAGAACCAAGACGUGCUGCCGAUCGUGGUGGAGACGCAGGCCAAAGAGCCGGUGACGCUGCUCGCCGACAUCGACCUGGCGCUGAGCGAGAACUACAUGUCGAGCUUCUUCGUCGCGGCGCUGAACCUGUCGUCCGCGACGACGCCGCUACCCGCGACAGGCGAGCAGGCCCAACAACAGCCCGUCGCCCUCGGCGUCGACGCCUUCCUCGUGACCCCGUACGCGAGCCUCGCCCUCACGCUGCUCGCGGGCCCGACCGACGCCCUCAAGACGUAUCCCGACGUGCGCUUCAACGUCUUUGACUUGCCCGUCGACGACUUGCGCGGCAAGUGGGAGCCCGAGGUCUUCCUCGGUGUCACCUUCCUCAGGCAGGCCAGGGCCCUCGCGCUCGCAAAGGACUUUGCCGGCCAAGGCGCCGUCGCCGGCGUGCCGCUGCUGGCCAGGGAUGUCGUGGUUUCCGAUGCCGCUGGUGCUGGUGCUGGUGCGGCGGAGCGGGUCGUUCGGGAUGAGUUGUAG